AAACCAAAACCCGCUUUCCAACCUCAAAACCACUCCGGUUUCACGCUAAAACCGCUAUAUUAUGACACCUUCCAAAACCGCCUUUUCCCUCCUCUUAUAAAAGCCCAAAAACCCACGAAAAAUUCUCAGAAGAAAAGAAAUCCAUUUCUCAGCCAUCGAAGAUCAGGUUUCUCUCUCCCUCUCCUCUCUUUCCUUCGAUCCGUCUCGUCUCAUUCUCAGCCGUCCAUCUGUGGUGAUUUCAGAUCUAGAAUUCGAGCGCCGAUCGAGAUGGGGAGAGGGAAGAUCGUGAUCCGUCGGAUCGACAAUUCGACGAGCAGGCAGGUGACCUUCUCGAAGCGGAGGAACGGAUUGCUGAAGAAAGCGAGGGAGUUGGCGAUCCUGUGCGAUGCUGAGGUGGGCCUCAUGAUCUUUUCAAGCACUGGCAAGCUCUACGAUUUCGCCAACACCAGUAUGAAAUCAGUGAUUGAUCGAUACAACAAAUCAAAGGAGGAACAUCAUCAAGCAUUAAGUUCAACAUCAGAAGUCAAGUUCUGGCAAAGGGAAGCAACAAGCUUGAGGCAACAACUACAACACUUGCAAGAAAAUCAUCGACAACUAAUGGGGGAAGAGCUUUCUGGAUUGAGUGUGAAGGAUCUGCAAAAUCUAGAGAACCAACUGGAAAUGAGUUUGCGGGGCGUCCGAAUGAAGAAGGACCAACUUUUAACUGAUGAAAUUCAAGAACUAAAACGAAAGGGGAAUCUCAUUCAUCAAGAGAACAUGGAACUGUAUAAGAAGGUUUAUGCAACAAGAGACUUAAGUGGAGUGAACAGAAAUCCCUUUCUUCCAAAUGGAUAUACCAUGGGAGAGGAUUUGCAUGUACCUGUCCAUCUCCAACUAAGCCAGCCUCAGCAACAAAACUAUGAGACGCCAGCAAGAGCUAUGAAGUUGGGACUCCAGCUGCAAUAACGAAGGAGACUCAUGGACCAUGGAAGGAUGUUACAUGGCCUCCCAUCAAUGGCAUACCCAUGGUUACAAUGUUACUCUACUUGCAGUAAGUAUGGGGUCCUUAAACUACAGCAGCAUCA